CACCGCAGUCCGUUUCUCUUUAUCGUUUUGCUUCAGUCGUGUGCCAGGUGCCGUUCGGAAGUGGAAUACUCGUGCGAAUCGUUUCAUUCAGGGAAUCAAGCGUGUGCUUCCCUUUACAAGCGCUUCUGCCAAUCGAUCAUCUAAUUGCCACUUUAGCCUGCAAUUCGCUUGAUACCGAGUAACCGAUCAAAAGAUGGCCCCGAACGCAGCAGCCGUAGCCCCCAAACCGGAGCAGGAGUCAGCCGUCGGUAUUAAUGCUGUUCUGUUGGGACCACCCGGCUCGGGCAAGGGAACGCAGGCACCUCUGCUGAAGGAAAAGUUUUGCGUGUGCCACCUGUCGACCGGGGACAUGCUGCGGGCGGAAAUUGCCGCCGGCUCGAAACUGGGCGCCCAACUCAAAAAGGUCAUGGACGAGGGCAAACUGGUGUCCGACGAUCUGGUAGUUGACAUGAUCGACUCCAACUUGGACAAACCGGAGUGCAGGAAUGGAUUCCUUCUGGAUGGGUUCCCGCGCACAGUGGUCCAAGCGGAAAAACUUGACGACCUGCUGGAGAAACGCAAAACCGGAUUGGACGCCGUGGUGGAGUUUGGAAUCGAUGAUAGUCUGCUGGUCCGACGUAUUACCGGUCGCCUCAUCCACCAGGCUAGUGGUCGGUCAUAUCACGAAGAGUUCGCCCCACCUAAGGUCCCAAUGACGGACGAUGUGACUGGGGAGCCUCUGAUGCGUCGCAGUGAUGAUAACGCCACAGCACUUGUGAAACGCCUCGACGCAUAUCACAAACAGACGAAACCUCUGGCCGAUUAUUAUGCCCUGCGCGGACUGCACUUCAAGGUUGACGCGGCGCAAAGUGCAUCGCGAGUAUUCGAAAACAUUGACAGUAUCUUCGUCGGUCAGCGGAAAUCGCGAUUGGGACUUUAAAGAAGGAUUAAUCACGCAUUUAAGGUCAAGGUCAGUUUUUGUUUCGCGUUAGGAUUUGUGAUUUUCUGUUUUAUCAUGCCACCUGAUAUAUGUGUAACCGACGAAAUAUCCACAACAACCAUCGAACUACCUUAACUAUUAUUAUUGCUAGGACAGUGGAGAUCGCAUUUAAAGUAGGGUACAAGCGAAAAUUUAUUUUCUGCUUUAUAAUGACUCUUGAAUAGGGUUCCAUCUUGAACCUUCUGUUGUACUUUCCUAGGAUUUAUUAUAAUAACGAUUGUAAAUCAUUCCUACUAUCACAAUUUAGGAAUCAAUUAUCGAUGACGCUAUCAAAAGUAAGUAAACAAAGUUAAACUCUAUUUAAGAAAACCUGCCUGGUUUAGUAUUUUAAAGAAAAAUAAAGUCAACAAUUGUCCAGGAACAAAAAAACAUUGUCCAUUGACGAUGGCAAUUGUAGACCAACAUUUGAAAAGGGCGUAACAUCCAAAAUGUAUGAUUUUUCUUUUGAUUUCUCGUAUACAUACAAAGCUAUAUACAUAGACAAAAAACCGGACAGAUUAAAGGGCUGUUACGCCCAUUUUAAAUGUUGGUCUAGAAUUAUCAAUGGGUGUAGACAAGAACAGAAUAGAAAUGACCCUUGCUGGUACAAGUGAGCCAAGCGAUCUCAAACAACGACAACUGUGGCUCUGCAAUAACUAAUUAUUGAACAGUUAAAUGUUGAACAGGUGGAGCGUAAGUGAUUAAAAAGGGAUAUACAUACAUAGUUGA